AUGGAAUCAUCCAGGAUCCUCACUUGGAGGACACCACCCAAGAUCAUCAAGGACGGAAACAAAGACUCGCGCGUACACUUCAUCCCAGACCCAAGCUACAAUUCGCACUCUGACGAUAACCCACACUCGCACUCACAUUCAACCCCAAAGCCGAAGCCGCCACCACCAUCGCCACAGAAGUCUCGUCCUGCAUUCUGGACAGAGAUUCCGCGCUCCUCUCGCCCAAACUAUAACCUCCAUUCCCCCGACUCCCCCGACUCCCCCAUGACCGACGACGACGGCGUGUUCAUCUCGGACGCCUACAAACCUCCCAACCCCGAUCCCGAGCAACAACAUCACAACCAACAACAUCACAACCAACAACAACAGGAACAGCAGCAGCAGAGGCAGCAGCAACAACAACAACAACAUCAACAACAUCAUCAUCGUCACCACCAUCAACAACAACGCGUCCCUAAGCCUUCACUUGCACCAAAAGCUUCACAAUGGAUACCUACCAAGGAAUGGGUCUCCUCCUUCAAGGCACGGAUCGCAGAUCCUAUCGAGCUGCCGCCUCCACCACCGCCAACCCCACGGCCCCUCAGCUCCUUUGACGCCCAUGUCAAAGCUACCCUCAGACGCCUCAACCGCAAUAUCGACAAAUCCGGUCCCCAACUACCCCCAAGUGACAAUAGCAGCGACAGCGACAAUAGCAAUGGCCCGCCACGAAUCAAGAAGUACAAGAACAGAUUCAUCCACGGACCCAACUACGAACCCUACAAGGACAUGGCACAGAGCGGGCGCGGGAUCAAAAGCAGCUCUCCACCACAUCUACAACCACUAAACCGGCCACAACUACAAACACAAACACAAACAGACACAACAGAGCUACCGGACGCCGAUGUGGAAGCGGCCCUCACUGAAAUGUCGGGACCAGAUGAGGAUUUGAACAACUACAUCUAUUCUCUCCGCAAGGAAUCCUGUGAACGACUUGCAUCUGCCUGGCAGUCCAUCUUUGAUCGCUUCGGCAACUCGGACAUUGAUGAGGAGGGCAGCGAAGUCGAUUUUGCAGUGGAGGAUUAUAUCCCGAAGUCUAAAGAGAAUUACGGGAGGCGGAAGAGACACAAGCUCAGGGCCAAUGCUAAGCCUAGGAAGCCUGAGGAGAAUGUUUUUGUGGCCCAAGACUCGGACAAUGAGGAGGAUAUCUAUUCAUCCGAGGAGGAGGGUGAGGAGGAAGAUGAGGAUGAGGGAGAGGGAGAAGAAUUUUAUGAAGACGACGACGAGGAGAAGGAGGAAGAAGUCUAUGAAUCGCUGGGAGAGUUGGAGACCGAGGAGGAGGAGGAUGAGGAGAAAUUCGUCAAGACGAGUACGGAUAGACUCGGACGCUUUCUGAAAGACGAGGACGAAGACGAGGGAGAGGAAACUGUGAGGGUGUGGAGGGAAAGGAUCCAACACGAGCAGCGGGAUGAAGAGGGAAAUACGAAGGACGCUGCCGUUGUGGACAUAUCGGACAACAGCAAUCCUCCAUCUCCUUCUCGGCAUCGAACGCGCACUCACAGGCCGGAUCGACAUCUCCACAACCACCACUAUCAUCACCGUCGUCGUCGUCAAGACCAGGAGGAGCAGGAUCGAUCAGACAGGUCACAUCAUAUACCCGAGGAUCGCCAACACCAUCACAGUGACUCUAGCCGUCUGUUCAAUCUGUUCGACUCUCCAGAUACCGACCGCCGUUGGAAGGAGGAAAACAGAGUAUCGGGAUUAGAUGUUGACAUCCAGGCAAAAUCGGGGAAAAGAUAUUCUCACUCGGGUAGGGCGCGACACCCGACAGGAGAAGACGAGGAAGCAGCAGCGAAAGGAACCGUGGUCAGUAUGGACGACUACCAAACCGAAUCGCAUCGCCGGGAUGAAGGUGACUCUGUGGACACCUUCAACUUUCGCUGGGAUCAACCACGUUAUGGACCAUUACCAAAGCCAGGCGGCAGCGACCUGAUGAUCAUGAGGAGGGCAUUUAACAAGUGGAGAUGGUAUUCUGCCUCCAGGCACGAUUGCUCUGCACGGAACAGAGGCGACCCGCAGGAAGUCAGCGGUGAGGAGGACGUGGUGGAGGAGAGGGAGGAGGUGGUGAAUGAUGAGGAGGCGGCGUACGAUGGUGAUGAGAGUAACACAGAGGUUGAGCAAGAGUACCAGUGUGUUCAGCCGCGGCGACAACAACAACAACAACAACAGCGGAAGGAGGAGGAGUUCUCACCAGUAGCCUCCGUCGUGUCACCAACAGCAACUAAGGGUCUGACUUUUGAAUCAACAGCACUCUACAACCGGUCUGGCACGCUGCGGCUACACAUGAAGCCACAGACAAGAGCUCUAGCGGCUGCCCUCUCACCCAGAAAGCGGGUCUCACCUACACCUCUUCGCCUUCUCGAUACGGCGUCAGGAUUGAACCCUUUUGCUGCUGGUGACUCCAACUGGAGACUGAGUGACGUCGACGGGAUGCAAUCAUCGCCACCACCGUUCUCAGAUUCGCCAUCACCUACAGGGAACUUGUGGUCUCCUGAUGCUUUUCCGGAUUUCUCUGUUGCAGGAUCGCCUAUGACCACUCCUCGGAGGCGACAAACACAGCAACCACCGGAAUUUGAUUUAUCGACACCCAAGGCCCUACGGUUCAUGUCGAUCAAUGACCUCUAUCGCCUCCAGGACGAAGGGCACGAGAGCGUCCCUUUUUCGAAUCCAAGCAGGACCGCAGAACAAGAAUACACACGCCUCAUCAUCCCGGCCAGCCCUCCUACACUACCUAAAACUACUACUCAUCAACAGGAUUACGGAUUCUUCGACAGCCCGUCCUCCUUUCCAUCUCUUACUACUGCCACUGCCUUGAGUAGCAGCGUCGAAGCACUCUACAACGCAGCGACAGGGUCAGAGUUUGCGACAUCUACCUUCUUGCCGCGGCAGCAGCCAGAAGGGCCACCGGUUCCGGCUCUUGUCUUGGACGAGGUGGAAGAAGAGCUACUAAGAGAGAUGAGCGGCUUAUCGACGGCUAUGGGGACGCCUCGGAAGUCGAGGGCGGUGGUUGAUCCGUUGGAGGCGCGAUUGAUGACGCCCAAGACCAAGGCACUCGCCAGCCUGUUGAUGUCCAAAAAGAAGAUCCCUUCUUCUCCUUCUUCUCGAUCUGCUGCAGGUGCUCAGUUGCCCGCAUUGGUCUCUGAUUAUGUCUUUGGUUCCGGGUCUGUGCCGACUUUGAGCUCAACAGUGACGGCGACACCGCCCAUCUCCUCGUCGGCGACAACACCCAUCUCCUCGUCGGCGACAACACCCAAUCCCUCCAUCUCGCCAUCCCCGCCGCCGCCACUACUCUUACCUCAACCACCAUUACCGUCGCGUUCUGCAGCAGGAGCAGGAGCGCCACUGUUCCAGAUGCACACUGGAUAUCCGAUGGGAGAAAGGGGGACGAAACGGCAGUACGGUCAGGAUGAUGAUGAUGAUGGCGAUGACGAUGAUGGUUUGGAGUCGUUCAAGGUCGUCAAGUCCGAGAGCCAGUAUGGCAUGUUUCAUUCCCCACGACCUCUUUCAUAA